ACAGCAACAGCUAUAUCAGCAGAUCUUUAGCUUUCUUAUAGUCAAGGAUUUAAAUCCAGCCUUUCCACUAUGAACUUCAACAAGAUCUUUGUUUUCGUAGCCCUCAUCCUGGCCAUCAGCUUUGGGAAAUCCGAAGCAGGUUGGCUGAAGAAACUUGGCAAGAAAAUUGAACGCAUUGGCCAGCACACGCGGGACGCCACCAUUCAAGGCCUGGGAAUUGCGCAACAAGCAGCCAAUGUGGCAGCCACCGCCAGAGGAUGAGCACUCAGUGCUUCUCCCAGGAUAACCUGCUUAAUUAUAAACACUUAUUUAUUUGCAAUCACAUAGUAAUAAACUAGCUUACAUCCCCGUAA